AACUACACUGCGCUUUUCCGUGAUGACACUGCUCGGGCAAAUCGAUAUGGUGGAUACGGCCUUUUCAGUGUAAUUUCCGUAGGAAAAAAGUCCAAUAAUUUCUUUAAAUAUAUUUUUUCAGUGUUAAACAACUGUAUAAGUUCAAAGUAAACAAAAACACGAGGAAAAAAGACGCGGUUUUCUUUAUAUUUUUGAAGUUUUUACUGGGAUUUGUGGCGUGGUUUUGGUCCUUUUUUUUGUUCUUUUGAAAUUUGAUCUUUGACCACGCCGAUUUUUUUGGUUUGUUGAUAAUGUCCAGGAGAAAGACUCAGCACGAAACUCUGAUAGAUCAUGAUGAAUCUAGUCAGAUUUGUGAGGAGUAUCAGGAAGAUGCUCAAUCGGACGAUGUACUGGACAUUAAGAAGAAUUGCCACUAUUGUGAGAAAGAAUUCGGUACAGCCAAGAGGCGAUUUUUGCAUGAGAGAUACUGCAAAGCAGGGGAUAUCGAGAGAUUCUCUUGCAAGGUCUGCGACUUGAACUUCAAAUUCCAGCUUGGUCUGGAGCGUCAUGAAAAGCGUCAUGAGCCUCCUGGUGGCUUCCUGUGUGGAGUGUGUAAUGAAAAAUUUACCACGGAUGCCGAUCGGGUUCAGCAUCGGAACCAAGAGCACAAAGUCUAUCGUUGUCAGAUUUGUGAGGCAAAAUUCGGCACGGAGGCGGAAUAUGUGGCUCAUAUUGUGAAUCAGCAUGGAGGGAAGGAUCGAGAACCCGUGGUGUGUUCAGACUGUGGUCAGCAAUUCAGGAGUUCCACGCAAUUGAAGGCUCACAAUGAAUCCAAGUGCGGCACGAUAAAGAUGUACUCCUGCAAUGAAUGCAACAGUCGAUUUAUGACCUCGACGACCCUCAAGGCUCACAAAUUGAUCCAUCUCGGGGUCAAGAAGCACCUUUGCAAUUUCUGCGGAUCAAAUUUCCUGAGCAAAGGACAGCUCAAAGUGCACGAAAGGAGUCACACGGGAGAGAAACCCUUCAAAUGCAAUGAAUGUGGAAAGGCUUUUGCCUACCGGGAAAGUUUAGUCACUCACUCCUCCCUCCACACGGGCAUCCGGCCCUACGUGUGCGAACUCUGCGGUUCCAAAUUCUCUUGCAUCGGCAAUCUCAUCAAACACCGUCGUUCCCGGCCCGAUACUUGCGGCCUACCGCAAUUCCGGCGAAAUUCCAAAGUAACUCCUCGCAUGAAAACAAAAAAGCUUCGCGGCAACCUAACCUCAAAACUCGAAAAGCUCGUUGAACGCAAUGAAAUUUCAAUUGUUCACCAACUCCAACUCGUAGACACCAACGAAGAAAUGCCUUCGGUGAAAAAAGAAAAAGAUGAAGUGGAGAUUUUCAAUAUUGGAGCUCCCCAUGGUAGCGUUGCUCCAAAACUAGAAGAUUUCGCCGACACAAAGCCCCAGGUUACUGAAGUUCUCAUUCACAAUGCUCAAGAAGCUGAAGAUCUCGAUGACGAUCUGCCCCUUUCCACCCUAAGAUCCCAAGUAGUCACGAAAAAAGAACAAAAAUUCAUCCUCACCGAAGUGGAAAUAGUUCCAAAAGUGACAAAAGAAGUGCCCAAGAGAAAAGCAAAGGAACCUAAAGCACCCCCUAAAGAGGUCAAAGAGCGCAAAGUUGAAAAAAAGCCCCCAAAAACCCCCAUCAAAAAGUCCGAAUCAGACGAAUCCAAUGACAUAGACUUCUUCGAUAUGAAUGACCUGUCCAAGGAGUCAGAUGACGAUGAAACGUAUCAGCCAGAUCCGGUAAAAUCCGAAGAAGAUGAAGAUGAAGAUGAUGAUGAAGAGGAAGAAGUUGAGAUUGUGCGGAAGCCAAAAGUGAGAAAUGAGAGGGUUUCAAUGGUUCAUGAGUACAAAUGUGACCAUUGCCCAAAGAUGUUCUGCUACAAAACCAUUUUCAAUCUGCAUCUCAAGAGGGAGCACAAUAUGGACAUUAAAGAUGAGGAUUUGCCCAAUCAACAGCGUUACAGUAAGAUACUCUUCCCCCGAGACCGGGUGCAUGAGUGUCAGUACUGCAAGAGGAAGUAUGCAAACAAGCCGGCACUCCUUAAGCAUGAACAGCUCCAUGGUCCCGAGGGGAAGCUUCACGUGAAAUGUCGCGUGUGCAAGGAAUAUUUUGAGAAUAAUGAGAAAGAAAAGGAACAUCGUCUUGCGAAGCAUAAAGAGGAAAUCACAUGCAAAGUGUGCCAAAAAGUCUAUCGAGAUGAGAGUCAUCUUCAAGUUCACUUCCGCAAUUGUCAUACAAAGGAGCCAAUUAAGAAGCUCCAGCAUCUCUGUGGGAAAUGCGGCAAGAGUUUCACAUCCAAAACUGCCAUGUUGGAUCAUGAGAGAUCAGACUGUGGGAAAUCACCGAUAUAUCAGUGUGACGUAUGCAAGAAAUUUUACCACAGUGCAGGAUCGCUGAAGACUCAUAAGAAUGUACACACCAAUGAGUUGCCCAAUCUCUGUAAAUACUGUGGCAAGGGAUUUAGGACUCCGGGGCAACUGAAGGUCCACGAGCGGAUCCACACGGGGGAGAAACCCUUCAAAUGCACGUACUGUCCAAAGGCUUUUGGGCACCGGGAGAGCCUGUUGACGCACGUGUCCUUGCACACGGGAUUCAAGAGAUUCAUGUGCUCAGGCUGUGGCCAGAGAUUCACAUGCAUCUCCAAUUUGCAGGCUCAUCGAAAAGCUCAUGCGGACACUUGUGGUCUGGUUCCCAAUUGUACAAAGGCUGUAGGUCCAAUGGAUAUUGCUAAUCCGCUCAAGUCUGAGAGGCAGGACAUGGAUCAGGCAUAGCACUUGACAGACCAAUAUUCUUCUUCUUUUCCAUUUAAUUAGAAUUUCAGAUUAAAUGUCAUGUAUAAAAAAAA